UAAGCAAAACCGAUUUUGGGGAACGGAGGAAGCCUAGGGUAUAACUAGGUUGCUUCGCGUCUGAUAAAUAGAUAUCGCGGUUACGGUUGGAUCUUGGAGACGGCGGUCUUUGCCUGCAGAGGGAGGCGAGGGACGUUAUGCCGGAAGGCGAACAGGCUUCGCCCCAGUUUGUUGGCUUAAUAUAUUUACUAGAGAUAUGGAAGGUGCGCAUUCUUGGUCAAGUUGCUACCAGAGCAAAGUCUCGUUAUUCCAAGAAUUUUUUGACUGGCGGUUCCUUCCUUUUGGAGACUUUCUGAUCAUCUCUUUUGUCAACUAUACUCAGUGGCCAGCUGCUUUUCUAUGUCCAACAAGGGCAGCCUGAUGCAACUUUUUUCUGAAGUUGGUGUUGGAUAUAUGCCACACUUUUACAACACAUUCCCAACACAGCUUCUGCUUGGUGCGAAUCUGAGGUCUCAGGUGCAUGAUAUUGAAGAAGUAAUGUCUGGGGGUUAAAUCGUCGAGCUUCAACCACUGUUCUCUCAUUUUUUUCUCCUUUUGGUCCUAGGUAGUAGGCAUUUCAUUUGCUUCAAUUCCAUUCAGAUCCAGGUGCAUGUUUGGUGUGUUAUUCGACAUGAAUUCUUCAACCAUGGCAUGUGCUUGACUAGUGAACAAGAUCUGUAAAAAAGUGUAAACAAGUUAUAUGGAGAGCGCAAAGCUUCCUUGAAACUCGUUUCCUUAGGCUGUUUGAGGCUAUUGGGAGUAAUUUUCUCCAGCUAGGUUGAACUGCAAUAUCUUGACUGCUGCUUUUCAUGAAGUGGAGUGCGGUCCUAGAGCUUUAUUUCACAUGUUAAUGGAAACAUAGGCUUUGAACGUAUGCCAAUCAGAAAGAGAUCCUGGUGAUAUGUAUUGCAAAUCAAAAUUGAUGGUGGAUUUGUCUUGAAGUUUGUCCAACUUUUAUACAAACACAGACAUUUCCCUGAUCAAGCAAAAGCUCUUGUGAGGUUCUAUAUUUUUUCACGUAAAUAGCUGUUGGUUUACUUGAAUAAGAACCAAAGGGGUAUACUUGGCAUCAGGUGCUGAAUAGGAUGGAACGGUACAAGUUAAUUAAGGAAGUUGGUGAUGGAACAUUUGGGAGUGUUUGGCGAGCUAUAAAUAAACAGACUGGGGAAGUUGUUGCAAUUAAGAAAAUGAAGAGGAAAUAUUAUUCUUGGGAGGAGUGCAUGAAUCUUCGGGAAGUGAAGUCCCUUCGGCGGAUGAACCAUCCUAACAUUGUGAAGCUUAAGGAAGUCAUAAGAGAAAAUGAUAUUCUAUACUUCGUGUUUGAAUAUAUGGAAUGCAAUCUCUACCAGCUUAUGAAGGAUAGGAGAGAGGCUUUUUUGGAGGCUGAAAUUCGGAAUUGGUGCUUUCAAAUAUUUCAAGCCCUUGCUUAUAUGCACCAGCGUGGCUAUUUUCACCGUGACCUUAAGCCUGAAAACUUGUUAGUAACAAAGGACAUCAUCAAAAUAGCUGAUUUUGGCCUGGCUCGGGAAGUUUGUUCACAGCCACCAUAUACAGAAUAUGUCUCUACUCGCUGGUAUCGAGCACCUGAAGUAUUGCUCCAGUCGUCAGUAUAUGAUUCUGCAGUUGAUAUUUGGGCAAUGGGUGCUAUUAUGGCUGAGCUGUUUACACUCCGCCCUCUUUUCCCUGGCUUAAGCGAAGCUGAUGAAAUAUAUAGAAUUUGCAAGGUUAUUGGUAGCCCGAAUGAAAAUACUUGGGCUGAAGGAUUGCAACUUGCAGGCGUCAUCAAGUAUCAGUUUCCACAGUUAUCUGGUGCCAAUCUUUCAGUGCUUAUUCCAUCAGCUAGCAAGGAGGCAAUUGACCUUAUCUCGUCACUUUGUUCGUGGGAUCCCCGCAAGAGGCCUAAAGCUGAAGAGGCCCUUCAACAUCCUUUCUUCCAGACCUGUGUCUAUGUCGCACCAUCUCUUCAUCCAAAAGUGGGAGCAAAACCCAAUACACCGCCAUCUGCUGGGGUGAGAGGAGCUUCAGAGCAGAAGAGUGCUAGAAGAUAUUCAACAGGAACUCUAUCCACAACAAAACCUGCUAAUAAUGUCUUAUCAGUGAAGUCAAAUGCAUCUCUGAGGACAGGUGCUACAGGUGCACAAAGAAAGCUGGAGCUGGAUCAUCGGGGGCCUGGGAAAACUGAAAAAUCCAUGAGGAACAGUUUUAAACAAUCUCAAUAUAGGCCACCAGCAAGAAACAACCCAGGAGUUUUAGGAAGAAGCUCUCGCAGCGCAGCCGACAUACCCGAAAAGACUGCAAGUGGAGCAGCGACGUCUGCUAAGGUUUCAAAUGUGGCUGAGAAACUGGGAAAGAUGUCACUGAGCUCUGGUCCACAGCAUAGUGGGAAGCAACCGCCCCCUUGGAUGAAGGCGGGGGGUUGGCACAGCCAAACUGACCUCCUUUCGCGGUCCCAUGAACUGCCUCCUAGAAGAUAUACUCGCAAGGUUGUGGGGUGAAAGUAGCCAUUUUAGGGGGUUGUGUGCUGGGGUUGUGCCUGUGUAUUUAACGGUUGCUGAGUGCUGAUUUGAAGCAUCGAACUGCCGUGUCUUUAAAGCAUUUCCCGUACUUUCAACUUUUCUUUGUUGAUUUUUGGCAUUUGAAUCGAUUUGGGGGUGUUCUGAUUGCCUUUCG